AUGAGCUAUUUCGAAACUGUUAUGGAAACAGAGAGCAUUGACCGUCCUUGCACGGGAGAUGUCUCGAUAGAUCUUGCUAACCACAUGGUCAAGACUCCGCUUAUGUCUCUGGACUUGAAUAAUAUUAACCUCCAUGGCAACGACGUGAAGGGCCAAUCAGCUACCAUCCCGCUCAAUGAUGGCAACUCUUUCCGUCCAGACUCACGCCAAACAAAUUCAUCAGGGAACCUGCAGCCCACUCUCAAUUCUGCAUUUGAUCCAAAAUUUCUCGACAUGUACACCACCAAUUCGCCCAAAGAAGUGAUAUCCCCAACACGAUUGCUAUAUAAAAGUUCAAACAGCACACCGAGGCUAAUUCCCGCAAUCUCAAUGCUUACACCAGGCGGUUUCAGUGAUGUGUUCAAGCAAUCACCCCUCAAUGUAUAUUCGAGAUCCGAUCCGCCUCAGUCGGCUUCUAGAAUGAUGUUCCCACGCUCCUUGUAUGAAGAAGUUGAGUUAACGAACGCUUGGCUUGGGAGGGAUACCCCGAAUGGCGAUACUACAGAAAACAUGCUUUCUGAUGGACAUGCAUUUGGCAAUAUGAAUGAUUCCCAUUUCUACAUUCAAUCCUCAUUGCCUGGUUCACGAGAAGCUAACAGGGCACCAAGUGGUUUGUCUUAUUCGAAAGAAAGAGCGAGGAACAAAUUAAGUGUUGAAGCUAUUAGCCCCCUUCCCUCCUUAAGACCUGUAUCAGAGAGUUUCAAAAUCCCCACUUUUAAUAUACUGGCAGACCUGAAGUAUGAAGAAAAAGAUUUUGAUUUUGGUGUGGAUUACAGACAACAUAAAAAAACCAAGACAACUACUUUUCCAACAGUGUCGAACACGAUAAAUGACACAUAUGGUCCCCUGCUUAUAGGGGAACAACCUGUGAAGAAGAAAAGAGGAAGAAAGCCAGGAUCCACCAACAAGAAACGCAAGGAAACCGCAGCGAAAGACGACAAAAAUAAGAAGAAAAAGCUCAAAGUUAGAUUUCCGAAAAAGAGAAAGACAACACUCUCCGACAUAGAUCCUGCUGUUCACUUUCAGUUUGGGGACGAUGACGACUUUCUUGGGGACGACGACUUUGAGCUUGCCGGCAUUGACUCGCACAAACCACAUGCCUCUGGCGGGCCAGAGGAUAUGCAAGAUCGGAUGAAGAGAAUAAGGAAUCGUGCCCCUCGAUCUAAGAACGGUUGUUGGACUUGCCGACUAAGAAGAAAACGAUGUCCUGAGCAGAGACCAGUUUGCUCCGAAUGUGUGAGAUUAGGUCUCGAAUGUGACGGUUAUUCUUCUGAGCGACCUGCUUUCAUGCGGAAUGCAAAUGCUGCAAAAGGAAAGAUGGAAGAGAUUAAAAUUAUUACGCUAGCCAAGAAAAAACGUGGUUCAAAACAAAGAUAUGAACGCGAACAACGCUUGUCUGCAGGCUCUCCCAGCGACCCGCUCAAACCACCUAGUUAA